UGGGAUGUGGCAGAAGCCUGGGCGAGGAGUGAAGGGUGGGAUUUUCGGUCCCUCCUGAGGGAAACGACUGACGUCUUCUUUAAGUAUUGCUCUUGCUCCGCUGCAGGAAGUCCCGACCAUGGUGAAAGCCGUGAUCCUCAUUGGGGGACCCCAGAAAGGGACCCGCUUCAGACCCUUGUCCUUUGAAGUCCCCAAGCCUCUGUUUCCUGUAGCAGGGGUGCCUAUGAUACAGCAUCACAUUGAGGCAUGCACUAAGGUUCCCAACAUGAAGGAGAUUCUGCUGAUUGGGUUCUAUCAGCCCAAUGAAGCUCUCAGCCGCUUCCUGGUGUCGGCCCAGCAAGAGUUCAAAAUCCCCAUUCGGUAUCUACAAGAAUACGCAGCUCUCGGCACAGGUGGUGGCAUCUACCACUUCCGGGACCAGAUCCUCUCGGGUAACCCUGAGGCCUUCUUUGUGCUAAAUGCUGAUGUCUGUUCCGAAUUCCCUCUAGAAGAGAUGCUAAACUUCCACCGAGAGUGUGACAAUCCUGAUGCCUUCCUCAUGCUUGGCACCACGGCCAACAGAAAGCAGUCUCUGAAUUAUGGCUGUAUUGUGGCUAAUGCUGACUCUCAUGAGGUCCUGCACUAUGUGGAGAAGCCCAGCACUUUUGUUAGUGAGCUCAUCAACUGUGGCAUCUACUUGUUCACACCUGCAAUCUUCCAGCAUAUCGGUGCAGUCUUCCAGCGGAACCAGCAGGAGCUGCUUCUUGAGGAGAAUGCCAAUGGCUGGCAGCGAGCUGAGGCCAUCAGAUUGGAGCAGGAUGUAUUCACAGCACUCGCUGGGCAGGGACGCCUCUUUGCUUACAAAACUGAAGGAUUCUGGAGCCAAAUCAAGUCUGCUGGGUCUGCCAUCUAUGCCAAUCGUUUGUACCUGAGCUGCUACAACCAGUGCCAUCCUGAGAGACUUGUUCAAAACCAUCCUGGUGGGCCCACUAUCCGAGGGAAUGUCUAUAUCCACCCAACAGCCUCUGUGGAUGCAACUGCUGUGCUGGGUCCCAAUGUCUCCAUUGGAAAAGGGGUAACAAUUGGGGCUGGAGUGCGUGUGCGUGAAUCCAUCAUUCUGCAUGGGGCUUCUCUACAGGAUCACACCUGUGUGCUUAACAGCAUUGUGGGCUGGGAUAGCACUAUUGGACGAUGGGCUCGUGUGGAAGGCACCCCCAGUGACCCCAACCCUAAUGAUCCCUAUGCAAAGAUAGACAGUGAGACGCUUUUUCGAGAUGGCCGCCUCACACCUUCCAUCACCAUUCUCGGUUGCAAUGUGACCAUCCCUGCCGAAGUCGUCAUCCUGAAUUCUAUUGUCCUUCCCCACAAGGAGCUCAGUCGGAGCUUCAAGAAUCAAAUCAUUCUCUGAAGGUCUCAGAUGUAGCCCCAGGCAACCCCCAGAAGGAAGGGCAGAGCACCUCCUAAUGAGGCAGCACAUGUGAUAACACCAUCAGAUCCACUCUCCAGCCAUGCCCUUUCUUUCUAUCUGGACCUGCUGCCCUGUGUCUGCAGAGGUCUCCCUGAGAGCCUGCUCAUGGAUCAGGGAAAGGGAAUUUUGCUCUUGGGCUGCAGGCAUUUGAAAUGAGUCACCUUCUCUUCAUCCUAGAACUGCUGCAGACUCUCCCCUGAAAGAAGGAAGCCAGCCCUAAUCAAAGGCCACGAUGCUGCCUCAAUAUGAUGGAGGAAUUUAGUGGGAAAGGGGUUUGGAAGAACCAAAGUUGUAACCUGCUCUCAGUACCUAGAUCACUAUGACCCACAGGGCAUAUCUGUGUGCACCUCUGGAUCUUUGAGGAGCUCAUUCAACACACCCAAUUCCUAUAAACUACACAGUAGCCCAUCCCUUUCCCCCAGAGUAGGGAAAAUAUUGCCAAAAAAGACCACUUGUGGGACCCUUUGCCCUCCUUUUUUGGACACUGCUUCAGUAAGGCUCUACACCAGGCUUAAAGGAAACAGCCAGACAGAUGUGCCCUAAUUAAACUAUUGGUCAGCAGUUGCCUCCAUGUGGAGUCAAGGAACAGGGCUCCAGCCAUUAGGAAAGUAUGUCUGAGAGAGCCACAGGCCAAGUCUGCCUUCACACAGCUUCUCUUCUGCUGCAGUGUGAAGUUUCGAUCUUAAGGCUCCAAAAGAAUGUGUAGAAAUGGUUGGGGAACCAAGAGCAGCUGGGGAGAAGAUGCCUUUCUGGAGGAAAGCAUGUGUGUUAGCUUUUCAUUCCUUUAGAAUAGCUUCCCAUGAGGACUGGAGCCUGUGUUUAGCAGGUGCUUUGGAGAUCAGCAUGCAGAAAUAUCCCCUUUGCAGUUAGGAUCUGAAGGCGCUUGCCAUUUUAGCUCUGGACUGAGGAAGUCCUUUACCAUCCAACUUUUGUAUGUAAGGCUGCAGAGAUAGAGGUUCCAAACAGAUUUAGGCAUUUUUUUCUAAUUUAUAAUCUUUGCAAGCCCUAUUAAAGUAGUAAAUCCAGUUUUCUUUGCCAUCAGGAUAAUGCCUUCUGUCAUGUGUCAGCUCUGUGUUGCAUCUCCAAAAGGAUAAUUGCAGCCCUAUUCCAGAGGGCGGCCAGAGCCCUAUCCCAUAUCAUAACAAGGUAGAGAGAGCUGUGGUGGAUGCUAUGAUUCAGGAUAUGUCAGUGCUACAAAACAAACAUCAGUAAAACAUAUUUAUCUUACUGUAAACAUCUGUAAUUAUGACCCUCAAGGCAGCACACAGUCAAAAAGACAUGAAAAAAGAUCAACUUUAAUAAAUGGUGCAUGGGUAAAAAACAAUAAUUAAAACAAACAAGAACAAGGCCUGUAAGAGAAUGCUAUCUGAAAUAAGGGAGUCUUCACUCACUAGCAGAAGUAAUGAUAGAGGGAACAAAUGAAUCUCCCUAGGGAGGGAAUUCUACAGUUUGGAAACCGUGACAGAGAAAGUCCGUACUUAAGUUGCCACCUGUCUAGCUUCAAAGCAGUUCCCUUUGCUGGGAUUCAAGAGGGGGUUUUAGGUCCAUGUUCCCUGUUCCCUGUCAGGAAAUAGAGUACACUGGUGAACAGCGGCAAUGGAGGAAAUAGUUGGCCUGAAGGCUCCCACGGGUGUGGGCAGUUCCUGCAGGUACUGGAAUUCCAUUUGAUCAGUUCUUGUUGGUCGUGAUAUUUAAUCAAUAAAGGACCUUUGCUGUG